AUGCAACAGCAACAACUACACAAACUACACAAUAGUCAUAACAAUUUAAAUCCCAUAAUUUAUCCUUUAGAUUGUUUAAACGAAUUCCGUCGUUGGUUGUUGGCCGUUUCAAACUUUGGAACUGAACAGAUCUGGAAAUUUUCUAGAACUACCUAUUUGCCAAAUCUUCCAGCAGCACCAAAAGGCUUGCCUGAACAAUGUUAUGUUUUUUUGCAUUUGAUUGAAUUGGGCUGUCAAUUUUGUGGUAAAGGAAGGAUUGAUCAAAAUGGUGACAUGCCAAGCGAACAACCUGCUAAAAUUUAUUGGGAGUUUAAAGUUAGAUGUUGCAGAUCUUGUUUUUUCAAUAGAACAAUAAGUCGUGGUCAACUUAAAGAAGAGGGACGGUUGAAUCGUGAAGCUUUGGUAGGCUUACCAUUUUAUUCACAAGCUAGCCGUCCUAAACUUUACUGGAGAUCUCAAGAUAUAAAAAUAGUUAAAUUAUUGGAGUCGAAUUUGAUAACAGCACAAUGUCAACAAUCGAGCAAACCAGAACCAUUAAAAAAAUGGCAUCAAAAGGCUCGUUUGAAAUCUGUUAUAAGUCGAUUGUCUACAAGUGUGCCCAAUGAUGCUAACAGAAGCAUUGAACGGGUUGAAGCUGAACUACGUAGAUGCCCAACUUAUAAAAAAUAUACCCUAAAAAACCCAGAAGCGACUGUUGCAAUGAGAUUUUUUUCUGAUCAUCAUUGGGAUAGUUUUCAAAACGCUAUCAGAGAAGAGUAUAUUGAAAAAAGAAAUUAUGCAGCUAUUAGAGCAAGACAGUUUGAUUUAUUUGUCAAGGUUAAUUCUAUGGUUUCAAUGCAAAUUCCAUCUAAUCAUCCAAUAUUUGAGUAUCUUGUACACUGCCCUUCAUUCAAACAACCAUCUUUUCAUUCUUCUGAUCCUUCAAUUCCAUGGAGUGAAACAUAUCUAACACAAACUCUGAUUCCAAAAUUAUGCGAAGAAGUUUUUGAAUUUAGUAACAAUACCAACAACAAUAGUAACAUCAAUCAAAAAUCCAUCAAAAUCGGCAAAAAACUACCACCAACAAUAACAAUGAUAGCAAAGGGUCAUUUCCUAAACAGGAAAAUAUUUUCUUGUAAAUUAUGUUCAGAAAAUGUUUCUGAAUAUUCUUCAAGAAAAAAAUCUUGUGUGUUUAAUUUUAAUGAUAUAAAAAUACAUUUACAAUUAGAACAUGGUAUCACAUAUUCUUCUAAAAAAAAAUCUUUUGUUUUAAUAAAUUUUUUAGAAUUCGAUCAUUUUGCAAUCUGUUAA